AUGAAUAAAUUUUAUAUUCAAAUUGUUUUUUUUCUUUUAAUCAUAUUCUUAUAUGUGAAUAAUAAAGCUCUUGCAACUGAGGUUGCUCCAAGAAAAGAUACAAAACCCAAAUCAAAAAAAUAUACAAAACCUAAAUCAAAAAAAGAUACAAAAUCCAAAUCAAAAAAAUCGUAUCCUGCCAAUGAUAAUACAGAAGAAAUAUAUGAAAAAAACAAGCACAUGUUAUAUCCCGAUAUCAUAGAAACUUUAAAUGCGCGGAAUUUUAUGGGAAAUGCUUUAAUACAAUUAGAACAUCAUGCCACUAGUAAAGCUCGUUAUAAAUUAUUUUGUAGAAAUUAUGCUUACCAUAUGCUUUUUUAUAAAAAAAAAUUUCGAGGUCAUACAAAAAUUGAAAAAGUUGAAUAUGUAGUUUUUGAUUUGAAUAAGUAUAAUGAAAUAAUAAACGAGUUAUGGGAUCCAGAUAGUGACAAUUUUUUUUAUGUAGGCUCGGUUAAAAGAAAAAUUGUCCGUGUGUACAAUCCAAAUUUAGUAAUGAUACAACAACGUUCCAAAAAAUGGCCGUGGUCUCGUCAGAAAUAUUUUUAUGCUUUAGCUGCAAAAUAUAAAAUAUCAGAAAACAAAACUAUAAUUGUCAUGGCUUCAGGAAAUAUAAUUGAUCACAACAGUAAAAAUACGAAAUUCUUUCAAAACACAAUAAUAGACAAUCCAAAUUUAUUCAAAGCUGACAUCGAUUCUGAAGAUGAUAUUAGAAAUGGAAAAUUAAAAAAAAUGUUUGUUAACUUAAAUGGAUACAUUGUUGAAAAAGAAAAGGACUAUAUUUAUAUCACCUAUAUCGAAUCUAUAAGAAGUAUACAUAUUUUAAUAAUAUAA